AUGGAAAAUGGGGUUGAUAGAGUUGUUGACGAGACACAAUUAGAAAAUAACAACAAUGUUAAGAACGAAGUUUCUAAGGAUAAGGUAGAGGAUAAAAAGGAGGUUUUGGGCGAUAAGGUGGAGGCCUUGGAGGGAAAAAAUGAGGUUUUUAGGGAUAAGGCAGUGGAGAAGGUUACGGUGGGGUCCAGUGAAUCAAAGGAUUUGAAAGAUGAGAUUUUUGAGGAGGCUCUUGAGUCACCUGAGCAAUUGCAGGAGGAGGUAGUGAAAUUUGAGUCAGAUGGUGUUGUUGGGAGUGUUGGCGGUUCAGGUUUGAUGGUCGGGGAUACAAAUUCGGAUGUAGGGAAUGGAACAGAGAAAUUUGAGUCACAUGAGUUAGAUGGUGGUGAUUCUGGUUCAGUUGUCGUCUACAAGAAACAAAAUGUAGGAAAUGAGAUGGAGAAAUUUGAAGAGCCAAUUUUUGUUCCUGCUGAAUCUGGGAACUCCAAGGAGUUGAUCAAGAUGGUUGGUGAAGAGAAGGUGGUGGAUUUGGUGGGUACAGAGCGUGUCCAUAAGAUUGAUGAGGGAGGGACUGCUGUGGAAGUGGAGGGCAUUGUGUUGAAUGGAGGAGAUGUUGUUUCUGAGAUUGCUAGUGAUGGAGGAACAGAGGUUUUGAAGGGUGAGGAUGGAGUGGAUUCUAUGCAGGAAAUUGAAUCAAGCGAGGGGAUUCUUCCUGAGGAUAGUAAGAGAGAGGAAAUCAAAGUGGAUGGCUUGUCUAGUGAAUAUCAAGUGACCAGGGAACCUACUGAUGCCUCAGCUGAGCUUCAAGAAAGAAGAGGUGAAUUACUUGAUGAGAAUCCGACAGAAGUUGAUACAGAAGGUCAGGAUGACAAUAGUGGAGAAUUGAAAGGGGAUGGGGUCCACAAGGGUGAGCAUCCAGAGGCCAUUUCAGCUACUGCUAACACAAAACACCUAGAUACCAGCAAUGGAGACUCGGAAGAUACUUUAGCUCUAGUGGAUCCAGGGCAUCAUGAAAAAACUCCUGAACUGAAAGCUACUUCAGCUUUCCCACAUACAGCCCACAUACUUCAGAGUUCUUUAGAUAACUCUGUGAAUGAGAAAAAUGAAGAGAUUCAGGCUGAUGCUGCGAAUUUGAGAGCGGAGAAUAACAAGGAUUCUGAACCAGAGCAUGCUGCUGAAAAUGUUAAUGGUGUUGGCCAGAGCAAUAUCGUGUCUGAGGAGCCUGAAAGGAUUGGAGAAACACAUCAAGAAAAGCAAAACACUCCAGUGAAUAAAGAAGGUGAAAGGGAUCCUGAACCUAAGCUUGCUUCUUUAUCUGGAAAAUCUUCAAAUCCUGCUCCCUUCCAUUCCCGUCCAGCUGGCCUAGGGCUUGCUGCCCCCUCUUGGAACCUGCAACUAGGGCAAUGCAGCAGUUGCGUGCUAAUGGAGCCAGACCCUACUAAUGCGGAGUCAGAGGAGCAUGAUGAGACUCGUGAAAAACUCAAGAUGAUCAGGGUGAAAUUCUUACGGCUUGUGCAUAGGCUCGGGUUGACUCCCAGUGAUACAGUUGUGGCACAGGUUUUAUACAGAUUGGGAGCAGCUGAGCAGCUGCGAGGGAGAAAUCAAGGUCGCAUUGGCACUUUAAGUUUUGAUCCUGCAAGUGCCAUGGCAGAGCAGCUCGAGGCAGAUGGGCAGGAACCCCUUGAUUUCUCCUGUACAAUAAUGGUUCUUGGAAAGACUGGGGUUGGUAAAAGUGCCACUAUCAAUUCGAUAUUUGAUGAAGCAAAGUUCCCCACCAAUGCUUUUCAAUCUGGUACAAAAGUAGUUCAGGAUGUUGUGGGAACUGUUCAGGGGAUCAAGGUACGGGUCAUUGACACACCAGGUCUCCUUCCUUCCUGGUCUGACCAGCGCCAGAAUGAGAAAAUCCUUCACUCGGUGAAAAACUUUAUCAAGAAAACUCCUCCAGAUAUUGUGUUGUAUUUGGAUAGGUUGGACAUGCAGAGCAAGGAUUUUGGUGAUCUGCUUCUAUUACGAACCAUUUCCAAGAUAUUUGGUCCAUCUAUAUGGCUUAAUGCAAUUGUUGUCCUGAGUCAUGCAGCUUCUGCUCCACCGGAUAGUCCACAAGGUACUGCUUCAAGUUAUGAUAUGUUUGUCACUCAACGUUCUCAUGUUGUUCAACAAGCAAUUCGUCAAGCAGCUGGGGAUAUGUGGCUUGUAAAUCCCGUUUCAUUGGUGGAGAAUCACUCUGCAUGUAGAAGAAACAGGGCAGGGCUGAGAGUGUUGCCAAAUGGUCAAUUUUGGAAGCCGCAAUUGUUGCUACUCUCCUUUGCAUCAAAAAUCCUUGCUGAAGCAAACACUAUAUUGAAGUUGCAAGAUAGUCCACCUAAGAAGCAUUUUGCAACUCGGUCAAGAGCUCCUCCUUUACCAUACCUGCUGUCAUCUCUUCUCCGGUCAAGACCACAAGUUAAGCUACCUGAAGAACAGUUUGGUGAUGAGGAUGGUUUAGAUGAUGAUAUGGAUGAGUCAUCAGAUUCCGAGGAUGAGUCUGAAUAUGAUGAUUUACCCCCAUUUAAAAGCUUAACCAAGGCCCAGGUGGCAAAGCUUACUAAAGCUCAGAAGAAAGCAUAUUUUGAUGAGUUAGACUAUAGGGAAAAACUUUUUAUGAAGAAACAGUUAAAGGAAGAGAAAAGGCAACGAAGGAUGAUGAAGAAAACUGCAGCAGCAGGUAAUGCUCUGCCUAGUGACUAUAGUGAAAAUGCAGAAGAAGAAAGUGAAGGUCCUGCAUCUGUGCCAGUUCCCAUGCCAGAUUUAGCCUUACCAGCUUCUUUUGACUCUGAUAAUCCCACCCACCGAUACCGCUAUCUUGAUAAUUCCAAUCAGUGGCUUGUAAGGCCAGUUCUUGAUACACAUGGUUGGGAUCAUGAUGUUGGGUACGAAGGUAUAAAUGUGGAGAGAUUAUUUGUAGUUAAACACAAGAUUCCCAUAUCUUUUUCUGGCCAGGUAACGAAGGACAAGAAGGAUGGCAAUGUUCAAAUGGAAUUAGCAAGUUCUAUAAAGCAUGGGGAAGGGAAAGCAACUUCACUAGGUUUUGAUAUGCAGACUUUAGGAAAGGACUUGGGCUAUACUUUACGCAGUGAGACAAGGUUCAUUAAUUUUAGGAAGAACAAGGCAACUGCUGGUCUUUCGGUUACUCUAUUGGGUGAUGCCUUAUCAGCUGGAGUGAAAGUUGAGGAUAAAUUGAUUGCUAAUAAGCGCUUCCAAAUGGUCAUGUCUGGUGGUGCAAUGACCGGUCGCGGUGAUAUUGCUUAUGGUGGUAGUCUGGAGGCCCAACUGAGAGAUGAGGAUUAUCCCCUUGGUCGUUCCCUAUCAACUCUUGGACUCUCUGUCGUUGAUUGGCAUGGAGUUCUAGCUGUUGGUUGCAAUAUACAAUCUCAGGUUCCUAUUGGACGGUCUACAAACUUGAUUGCCCGUGCCAAUUUGAAUAACAAGGGUGCAGGACAACUCAGUGUUCGCAUAAAUAGUUCAGAAUACCUACAAAUAGCUUUGGCAGGCCUCCUUCCUCUAGAAAUGCUAGAAAUGCUAACAUGCAAAGAGCCGAAGCGUUAUCAUUUAUGGACAAGCGGAUCUCCCAAAAAGCCCAAGUUGGCCAAGUUGGAACAAAACGGAAUCAACCAUGCUGGAUGCUCUCGCUCGUCAAUCAAAUCACCAAGAUCGACGGCCCGAAAACGUUCCCGAAUCUCCUCACGUGACCCACCACAUGUCGGGAUUUUGAAGCAAAAAAUGGAAAAUGGGUUUAAGAGAGUUGUUGUGGAAGAGAAAAUCAAUGUGGGAAAUGAGGGUUUUGGGGAUAAGGUAGAGGAGGAGAGACUGGUGGUGGGGUCUGAUGAAUCGAAGGAUUUGGAAGAUGAGGUUUUUGAGGAGGCAAUUGAGUCACACGAACAAUUGCAGGAGGAGGAGGAGGUGGGAAUGAAAGUUGAGUCAGAUGGUGUUGUUGUUGAGAGUGUUGGUGAUUUGAGUUCAGUAGUUGUUGAUGAGAGUACAAAUUUAGGAAACGAGGCAGAGAAAUUUGAGGAGGCGAUUUUUGUUCCUGCUGAGAGUGGGAAUCCUGAGGAGUUGAGUGGGGUAGUUGUUGAAGAGAAGGUAAAGGAUUUGGUAGGUGAAGAUAUUGUUUAUAAGAUUGAUGAGGGAGGGACUGCAAAGGAAUCUGGAAGCAAUGAGUCGAGUGCAGGAGAGGUUGCUGAGAUUGUUGGUAAUGGAGUAGCAGAGGUUUUGAAGGCUGAGGGUGAUGAUGAGAUGUAUUCUAAGCAGGGAUCUGAACUGGGUGAGGAGAUUCUGCCCAAGGAUAAUGAGAGAGAGGAACUAAAGGAGAAUAAGUUGGUUACUGAAUAUCAGGUGACUAGUGACAAUUCAGUUAGCAUUUUAGAGGACAAGGGUGAAGGCAUGGGCCAGAAUUUAUUAAAAAUGGAUGCUGAACACUUGGAUGAGAAAACUGGGGCAUUGAAAGGUGAUGGAGAGACUGCUAAGGAAGUUGGGAACAAUGAAUUGAUUGGAGGUGUGGAGAUUUCUGUUAAGGGAGAAACUCAGGCUUUAACAAGUGAGGGUGGGGCCAAUUCUGAUCAAGAAAUUGAGUCAAGCAAGGAAUUGAAUGGUGAUGGAGAGUCUGCUCAGGAAGCGGUGAACAGCGAGACGAGUGGAGGUGCAGAGGUUUCUGAGAUUGCUGGUAAUUUAGGAAGAGAGGCUUUGAAGGCUGAGGAUGAGGCUGAUCCUAAUCGAGAAAUUGAGUCGAUCAAGGAGAUUCGUCCAGAAGAUAGCAAAAGCGGGGAACUGCAGGAGGACAAGUUGGGUGCCGAAUAUCAGGAGGCCAACAAAUCAUUUAAUGUGUCAGGUGAUCUGCAAGGUGACAAGAGUGAAGGACUGGAUGAGAAUCCAGAAAAAAAAGAUAUAAAACACAAGGUUGAGAAAAAUGAGGAUUUUGACAGUGCAAUAGUAGGCCUUGAUUCUGGAAAUGGGGUUGAUAAGAGUGAACAGUUCACGGACAUCGCAGCAGGUGUGGACGUAGAAGACCAAGGUGAUGGCAAUAGGAACUCAAAAGAUGUUUCAGCUGUUAUAGCUUCAGAGCAAAAUGGGGAAACUCAUGAACUGAAAGCUGCUUCAGCUGUCCCACAGACAGUCGUGGAUGAAAUAGAGCUGGUACCAGAAGUUUUAGCCUCAUCUUCUUUAGAGAAAUCUGUGAUUGAGAGAAAUGAGGAGAUUCAGGCUCAUGCAUCCAAUUCGCGAGCAGAGGAUAACAAGUUUUCUGCAGUACAUCAUGCUGCCAACAACAGUAAUGGAAUCAGUGAAAACACUACUGUGACUGAAGAGCCUCAGAAGAAAGCAGAAAAGGGUCAGGAGGAUAAGCAAACUGCUCCAGCAAAUAUAGAGCGUAAAAUUCUGCAUUUACCUGAGAUUGCACCUUCAUCUGCAAAAUCUUCAAGUGCAGCUCCCACACCUUCUCGUCCAGCUGGCCUUGGGCGUGCUGCUCCACUAUUGGAACCUGCACCCAGGGCAGUCCAGCAGCCUCGUGCUGCUAAUGGAGCUGUUUCUCAUACACAAUCCCAACAUAUUGAAGAUCCUACAACCGGGGAAUCAGAAGAGUUUGAUGAGACUCGCGAAAAACUUCAGAUGAUCAGGGUGAAAUUUUUGCGGCUUGCGCAUAGACUUGGGCAGACUCCCCAUAAUGUUGUUGUUGCACAGGUUUUAUACAGACUGGGAUUAGCUGAGCAGCUGCGAGGUAGAAAUGGUGGCCGCGUUGCUGGUUACAGUUUUGAUCGUGCCAGUGCCAUGGCAGAGCAGCUUGAGGCUGCCGGGCAGGAACCCCUUGAUUUCUCCUGUACAAUUAUGGUUCUUGGAAAAUCAGGUGUUGGUAAAAGUGCCACUAUCAAUUCGAUAUUUGAUGAAGUGAAGUUUGGCACUGAUGCUUUUCAAUUGGGUACAAAAAAGGUUCAGGAUGUUGUGGGCACUGUUCAGGGGAUAAAGGUACGGGUUAUUGACACACCAGGACUUCUUCCUUCAUGGUCUGACCAGCGUCAGAAUGAGAAGAUCCUUCACUCUGUUAAACGCUUUAUCAAGAAAACUCCUCCAGAUAUUGUGUUGUAUCUUGACAGGUUGGAUAUGCAGAGCAGGGAUUUUGGUGAUAUGCCCCUCUUGCGUACCAUCACUGACAUAUUUGGUCCAUCUAUAUGGUUCAAUGCAAUUGUUGUCCUGACCCAUGCAGCAUCAGCUCCACCUGAUGGUCCGAAUGGUACUGCUUCAAGUUAUGAUAUGUUUGUCACUCAGCGUUCACAUGCUGUCCAACAAGCAAUUCGUCAGGCAGCUGGAGAUAUGCGACUCAUGAAUCCUGUUUCAUUGGUUGAGAACCACUCAGCAUGUAGAACAAAUAGGGCAGGGCAGAGAGUGUUGCCAAAUGGUCAGGUUUGGAAGCCCCACUUAUUGCUGCUCUCUUUUGCAUCUAAGAUUCUUGCUGAGGCAAAUGCACUUUUGAAGCUACAAGAUAGUGCACCUGCAAGACCUUUUGCAACUCGAUCAAGAGCACCUCCUUUACCGUUCCUACUUUCAUCACUUCUCCAGUCAAGACCACAAGUUAAGCUGCCGGAGGAACAGUAUGGCGACGAGGAUGGUUUAGAUGAUGAUUUAGACGAGUCAUCAGAUUCUGAGGAUGAAUCAGAAUAUGAUGAAUUGCCCUCAUUUAAAAGUUUGACAAAGGCUCAGAUUGCAAAGCUUACUAAAGCUCAGAAGAAGGCAUAUUUUGAUGAGUUAGAAUACAGAGAGAAACUUUUCGUGAAAAAACAGUUGAAGGAAGAGAAAAGGCGACGGAAGAUGAUGAAGAAAAUGGCUGCAGCUGCUAAGGACCUGCCUAGUGAGUACACUGAAAAUGCAGAGGAAGAAGUUGGAGGAGCUGCAUCUGUUCCUGUUCCCAUGCCGGAUUUAGCCUUACCUGCUUCGUUUGAUUCUGAUAAUCCCACUCACCGGUACCGAUAUCUUGAUUCCUCCAACCAGUGGCUUGUGAGACCAGUUCUAGAAACUCAUGGUUGGGAUCAUGAUGUUGGUUAUGAAGGUAUAAACGUGGAGAGGUUGUUUGUGGUUAAAGACAAAAUCCCCAUAUCUUUUUCUGGCCAGGUAUCGAAGGACAAGAAGGAUGCCAAUGUUCAAAUGGAAUUAGCAAGUUCUGUAAAGCAUGGAGAAGGAAAAGCAACUUCACUGGGGUUUGAUAUGCAGACUGUGGGAAAAGACUUGGCCUAUACUUUACGCAGUGAGACUCGGUUCAGUAACUUUAGGAAAAAUAAGGCUACAGCUGGUCUCUCUGUUACUCUAUUGGGUGAUGUCUUAUCAGCUGGAGUGAAAGUUGAGGAUAAAUUGAUUGCUGGUAAACGGUUCCAAAUGGUCAUGUCUGGUGGUGCAAUGACGGGUCGUGGUGAUGCUGCUUAUGGUGGUAGUUUGGAGGUCCAACUGAGAGACAAAGAUUAUCCUCUUGGUCGUUCAUUAUCAACACUUGGGCUCUCUGUCAUGGACUGGCAUGGAGAUCUUGCCAUUGGCUGCAAUGUACAAUCCCAGAUUCCUAUAGGACGAUCUACAAAUUUGAUUGGUCGGGCUAAUUUGAAUAACAGGGGAGCUGGACAAAUCAGUAUUCGCUUAAAUAGCUCAGAACAGCUUCAACUUGCUUUAAAAGCAUGGGAGUUUCUCAUGCUGUUUUCCGCCUGUGCUAUCAAUAAGAGAACAGAACGUCCUGGCGAAUUAAAUCUGCCUUCAUUUCGACUGCUUUCUGCUGAGAAAAAACAGAGAGAAAACAAAGCAGAAAGUGUGCUCUUUCACCAGGUAACAGCUUGGGUCAUGAAUGGACCUGCCAUACUACUACUAGUAACAUUGUUGAUGAAAAGACGUGCACGCAAGAGGUUCUAUGGUGUAGUGGUUAGCACUCUGGACUUUGAAUCCAGCGACCUGGGUUCGACUCCCGGUAACCAACACAUGGCAAACCAGAAUGAGAAAAAGCAUGACUAUACUUUUAUGAAACAAUAA